UUUUGCUUCUUCAUGUUUUCAGAUUUCAAGCAUGGAGCCUGACAGAUCUAUUAUAAGUCAACUUACAAGUUUGAUCCAAAAAAACAGUUCAUCCGUCGUAAACGAUGAAGAAAAAGAGAUAUCGAAAGAAAAUAUCGAGUCAUCUGAAAAAGCUGCAGUAUUGAAAGUUCUGUUCCCCGAAAGCCAAGAACUGUCGGCCGAUUCGGUUAUAAAUUUUAUCAAGGAACUUCGGUCGUGUUUAAAUAGACUUGCGCUGUGUAGUUUCGAGAGAAUUUCGAUGAAAGAUCAGAGGUCAAUUGUGCAGUCGAUUGAAAUCUUCUGUGUCAUGGGUGUGUCUCCUUUCUUGGAAGAAGGUGUUGGCUUUCCCCACAAUGACAAAUGUAAUUUGGCUAUUGACGUCAAAUCUGCUCUGGGCUCUUUCACCAAAUCAUUUCUUCAAUCCGUCUCACUCUUGGAACUGAAUUUGAAAACACUGUCGAAACUUCUGUGGUCCGAAUUCUGUGGGUAUUUUUUGUUCAGCCGAUUUCUUCCAGAUUUUCUACCUGGUGUUAUGCAGUUGACUUUUUCACCUCAUUAUCGAAAAGUACUCCAAAACGAUUCAAAGGCAUACGACAGACUUUUCUUUUGUGACGAGCUGGAAAAGUUGAUGAAGAACUGCUACAAACCUAUUUUGUUGUCUGAAUUAUUUAUCCUUCAAGGCGCAAGUAAAGACAGUGAUUCCGAUUUCGGUUUCAAUUCAUCGCGCGUAACAGAUGUAAAAACGAAAAGAGUAAAACUUAAACCAGCGCCGAACUGGUUGCGCAUUUCUUGCGGAAAAGUAAUUUCUGACACCCUUUGGCUUGAUUCGAAAUCAGGGGUUAUUUGUCUGUUGGAGACUCUUUUGGUUGAAUCAGGAAAUUUUAAAAACGACCAAAAAAUGGUUGAUGAAAGAAUCCAAGUUGUUGCCGAAAUUGUUCUCACAAUUCCAAAGCACAAAGAAAAAAGUGAAUAUUUGAGAGUCGUCGUUGCCCAAAUUUGGUCUUUAUUUUGCCAAGUAUCAGCUAAAGUGUCUUUUAUGAACACGAACUCUAACCAAGAAAGCUACAAAAAGUUUGCUAUUGUGGCAAUUCAUAAACUGUUUGUAAUGCAUAACAGCUUUUGGAUGGAAUUCAUUGUGCCUAAAUUUGAAAACUUGGCUAUUUCAGAACUAAAUUUCGACAGCCUGAUCAAUUGCGGAGAAGUUGUAUCAAACGAAAGAUUUCAUGCUUUUGUUAAUUGGUACGAUUUAUUAUUGACUUCUGUCAAUUUAAAUCGGAGUCAGCUCGCAUUGGUUAAUAAUCCCCAAAAUGCAGAGCAGAACGAGGACUAUGCGGAACAAUUGCGACAGGUUUUGUCGGCAACGGGAUCGUUCAAUAUGCUGAUGACAUUCUUGUUUCAAAAAUAUGCGGGUUUUAGAAAUUUUGACGUUUGCCAGACAAUUAUUAAAAUAGUAGCCGAUAUUCUGAGUUGUCUGGGAGAAAAUGCAGUGCAAUUAAUUGAACGAUGGGUGGAAGAUCUUUGCGAGCUUCGAAUCUGCGUAGAGUUCGAUCUCAAUUCUGACGGAAACAUCACUGGCCGGAAACGAGCAACAUCGGAAAUGGAUUUCGCAAUUAUCACACAUAGCUUGCUCCCUUUUUUGGCUGAAAACGUGGAAAGUUUGGCUGUCGAUUGGAUUCUGAACUCCCUGACAAGUUUUCUGCACAAAGAUUCAUUAUAUGAACAAUGCACCGAAAAAGAAUCAUUUUCGAGAAAAGCGAAACAUUUGAAUUUAUAUGCUGAAAGUUUGCAGUUAUUUUUCUCAAAUUAUUCUCAUAUAUUAUACUCGAACGUCGAAACAUUUCUGAAAUGCUCUUUCACUAUAAUGAAAAAUGUUAAGUCGUGUGAUGUGAGCGACUUGUCGGACUUUUUAGUCAACAUUGUUCAAAUUUUGCUCUCCAUUUUGACAUUCUUGGCCGAAGUUAAACAGGGUCUAAACAGCGAAUCCCUCGAUUUACUGCAUAAUAAUGCCACAGAAAUUGAGUCUUGGAAAACGAAAAUUGAUUGUAGUAAAUCUGAAAUUGAUGAAUUUUCAGAAUCUAAAAAUACUUCAACAAUAUUGAAAGAAUUGCAAAAUUUAAUUGACACUUUCUUUGUCAAAUACAGAACCAGUUUUGGAACGUCAAGUAGAAGUUUAGAUUCGAAUUUACCGGCGAGAAAUCCAACCGAUGAAAAACUGAGUUCAGAAGAAAACGGUUUCCGGGAAGCUUUCGGUUUAAUGCACGAGGCGCUGUUGCCGUUGAGAGCGGCAGGAAUGAAAAAUGUUUCUAAGCUGGUGAAAAAUGGCAACAAGUACGCAGUGGAAAAACUCCCCGAAAUCACUGCUACAGUUCUGGCCAGUCUUGAAGAUGAAGACUCUUAUCUCUACCUGUCAGCUGCAAUCUCAUUGGCCAACAUCAGUCUCUACUUACCAGCCAAUCAGAUAUCUAGAUUGCUGACACUUUACUGCAAUACUGAAAGCUCAUUGGACGAUGAAUUUGUAUCAAAAUUAGGAGAAAGCGUGACUCGAGUUUUAGUCGAAAGAGGAGAGAUGAUUGUUGCAAAUCGCAAUCAGUUUUUGAACACACUUUUGUUCAAUUGUAAAGCUGAUAAAUCGUGGCUUAUUAGAGCAAGCAGUUUUGCGAACUUGGCUGUGAUUGUUGAGAAGCUGGGACCUUCGCUACACUUGGAUCUCUACGAGAUAACUUACAUGUCAAUCAAUGCUGUUAAGUCUUCACUUCUCUGGGAAAUAAAAUUGGAGUCAACUGAACGUAAUAACUCGCAAAACACAUCCGACAAAAAACCUUGUGAGACUUUCGAUUUGAAGCACGAAGAAUCAGAUCUGUUUGAUUCGGUAGAAAGGGAUACGAACUCUCUCAAACUAAUGUUCAAAAGAAGUUCAGUUAUGCUUUUGAGUAGUAUGGUGAAAUUAAUUUCGACGAAGGAGAACAAUUUGUCUGAUAUUUUGGACGGCGCUGCUCUGAAAGAAAUAUACAACGUAUUAAGUAAAGUCUACCAAAGAGAUAAUGACGUCACUUGCCGUCUUCAUGCACAAAUGGGAAUCGAAACGGUAAACUCGGUGAUGAAGAAACUACUAACUGAGCCUGUUUUGUCAUUGAACUCUUUAAGAACUGAUUUGUCAAUUGUCGGCUUGCCGAAAAUAUUUUAAAAUAGUAGCAACACGUAGGUCUUCUCUUAA